GACGCGUCACGGCAGUCAUUCAGUAUUGCGUCUAUAAAAGGCAAGCAACUUCUUUUAACCCUCGUAUAACUUGAACCAAGUGGAACAUUAAGUCGGAAAAAUUUAUACUUCGCGACUCUUAUUUUAAUCGUUAAAAUCGUUGACAUUUGCUGAAAUAGUUUUAUUUACGGUGUUUGGACGUGGUCACUUCGGUCAUGGCUUACACGGGUGGACCGAUAAACUUCAAAGUUUAUCUGACGAGACAAGAUGGAACAACAACGACACCAGAAGUGCGCAGAUUUGGAAUUGACAAUGAAAUUGUCUCAGAUUUCCAGUAUUUGCGUGAAAAAUUGCAAACUAUUUUUCCCAACAUUCGAGGAAAACGGUUCACUGUCAGUUGGAAAGAUUUUGAUGGCGACAGUAUUGUGAUCUCAAGCGAUGAGGAGCUGCAAAUAGCUCUUUUGGAGACUCAAGGAUCAGAAGUUCGCAAAUUUUACUUGACUCUCUACUCCGAAUAUGAGCAACAAGGAACCCAGGCAUCAGCCUCUGAACCAGGAGUUCGUCAUACUGGCGUCACCUGUGACGGUUGUGAGAAGGGCGUUUACGGUUUUCGCUAUAAAUGCAUCCAGUGUGCUGACUACGACCUUUGUAUGGGCUGCGAGGCCCAGUCCCUUCAUCCAGAACACUGCAUGCUACGUAUUCCGGUUCCAAUGCAGUGGAAGAAUCACUAUACCAGACGUCUUGCUCGCCACAUGAACAGAAUCAGCAAGACUCAGUCUUUCUAUAGUCCCUCUGCAAAUGUCAAGGAAUGCCCUUACCAAGGCACCAGAUGCGAACCUCGAUCGCGUCAGUUUGGAGACAGUCCAUCCUGGAUGGAUCUCGUGGCUACUUACGUGAAAGAUUGGACCGACGUUGCAAACGGCGGAUGUCCUAUGAAAGAAACUCAACAACCUCAGCAGUCGCAGCCACAGCCACAAUCUCAAGGCCAGUCUCAAGAGCAACCAACAAGUGCCGCUGAAGCUCCAAAGGUGUCGAAGGAACGUGAAUCGAAUGCACACUCCCGCAAAAACUCACAAUCCGACUCGCAUAUUGAAUUCCUCAAGAAUAUCGGCGAACACAUUGCCCAGUUCUUGGAUCCACUUGGAAUCGACGUUAAUGUCCAGGUGAAGAACGACAAAGCUCAGAAUACUACUUCUGGAACCAACACUCCAACUUUUGCUAGUACUUCUGCAGCAUCAGUUUCAACGUCCACGCCAAAGCCCGAGGCGCCUACUCAAUCCGCUGAAAAGAUACAGGAGAAGACAGUGAAAUUUCCAGAAGAAGAAAACUUGACGAAAGCUGACGAUUCGGUCGCUUCAGGUGCGACUGCAAUCUUGAAUAGUUCCAACGAGUCUUCUAAUUUGGAGAAGUCGAGUCAUGAUACUGAAGGAUGGACCCUACUGAAUGAGAAUGACAGUCCACCGUCUACUUCUCGCUCGUCUCCGGUUCCUUCGCGUGCCGCCUCUGUUGCUGCUGACUUUACAUCCACAGAAGCGACAAAACCAACUGUACCAUCUGAAAGUACAUCGGCAACCCAGCCUCAGAAGCCACUUUACCCACCAUUGCCAGAGGAAGGAAGAAUUUAUAAAGCUGCACAGCCAGGAGAAAUGAACCAGCUUCAUUACCACUCGAAUCCAAAAAUCCAGCGCGCUAUCGAAACAAUGAUGGAAAUGGGAUUCUCUAAUGAGGGAGGAUGGCUGACACAACUUCUGGUGACGAAAGACGGUGAUAUCAGCAAAGCUCUGGAUAUUCUCGCGCCUAUUCGUCGAUAAGCUAUUUAUCUAAUUCGAAAUCGAAAAUAUAUUAUUCUAUUUAGAGAGGGAAACCACCCUGUUAGGAGGCGAUUGCACAUUCCACUUUUUCUCGAUGUUAUCUUUCCUCGAUACUAACAAACUGUAGAUGGCGUUUAAGUCAAAAGUAAAUCUUCAGGUAGAAUUUACUUGUCUCUACUUCGUGUCUUUCGAUGUAUGCUAUUCAUUUCCCUGGUGAUUGGAUUAAUCAAUAAAGUAAAUCGGUGUGAAAA